AUGCUUGGCGAAGUCAUGGGCUUGUUUCGGGCUCAAAGUCAAGAGAGCGUCAUAAAGCAAUACACCCACGAUCUAACUUCAAUCACAUCCAAAAUUCACCAACUAGACCAGUCUCUAAAAAAAAAGGACUCCAGCAAAGCCAAAUGGCUCAGGAGAUGGUAUCUUCAAGGUACAAGUUUUUUGGUGUUACUGAAUGCGGCCCUUUACGUUCGAUUGGCCGACAAACAUCUCAUCUUUGCAUCUAUCAUCGUGUCUGUCUUAAUGUUGGUAGCAAUGAAAUGGGGAACAGAGAAAUGGUAUGCGUUCUUCACACAACGGACGCUGCGAAGGAUGGACCAACUGCGGGCUGAUCACCAGGAAAAGCUGGAGGCGUUGAAGCGAAAAACCCAUUUUUACUCUACAAAUUCGUUAAUUCAGAGAUUUUCGUCGGGUGAACACCAGGCAGAGGACGCAGUGACGUUGAUGGAUGAAGAGAUGAAAACCAAGUAUGAGGAACUCAACAAGCUAAGGGACGAGCUGAGCACUUUUCAAAAGCAAGGAAACUCUCCAGAGUCGCAGGUCCAGAGAGAUAAAUGGUUUGACAAGGUGUUAGACGUCAUUUCGGGUGGUGAUGUUAACACAGAGCCUCAGAUGAAACCCGUGGUUUGCAACAAAUGUCAGAAGCACACCGGCAGCUACACGGUACCUGGUCUGCCGCUGCAAUAUGUGUGUCCCUUAUGUAAUUGGCGGUUCAAUAGUGAUGAGGACACAAGGCCAGAAACUCGUGAAAAGAUGGGGGAAGAAAACCCAGCCGUUUUGCCAGCUAGUCCCAAAGACAAGGUUCGGAUCACUACAGAGGAAUCAUGA